CAACAUUAGGAAGGUGGUCAUAAUGUUUCGCCUGAUUGGCGUCUACUCCGGCUUUGCAAACUGUUGCUGGUUUGUGUAAAACAAUAUAAGACCCACGAGAUGGUCGACGUUAUUCACUUCUCCUGACAGUGGCUGAUUGGUUUAUAUUAUAGUAUAGGCAUGUGAGCUGGCAGAUGUGACUUUAAUGUGCCAAAAGAGGGAGAAAAACUGUUGCACCCUUCCCCACUCUCCCCUAGUAGCCAAUUUAAAUGAACAUAGCGUUAUGUUAUCCGGUACAUUGUGUGCGUUUUGAUGUUCUUUGUUACAGGAAACAGAGAACUGACUGACGCCCCCGAUUGACCAAAUUAGCGCAUCCUAUUGUCCGUCAUGGGUCUACGUAAUUGUGAUGGAGCAUGGCUGUCAUAUGCUGCCUGUACACCACAGCACUGGAAACAACAACAACACACUCUCUCUCCCUUUAAUGGGACUUUAAGCCCACACGUCGUCUCUCUCUCUCUCCCCCUCUCUCUCUUUCCCUCCCUCUCCCUCUCUGCCUCUGUGUUUUGUGGGAUGCUCUGGAUGGAUGAGUCCGCGCACCGGAUUCACCACCAUUACAUCAUCGAUUCCCACACAGCCGCCGAAGAGGGGAAGGAGCGCCUUGCGAUUUAUUUCUUUAUUUUUUCGCAUCGUUCGGUCUGACCGCAGACUCGCCGCGCUCUCCAUAAAGGACGUUGAGGGGGGAUUAGAAAAUAACACACGCCAACAAUAUCUGCGGGGAUGAUGGCGUCUCAAUGAGAGGGGAGGAGAGGAGGGGGAGAGGAGGAGAGACGUGCACCGUCAUCAGCAUCUGUCCGCCAGCUCCCUUUGUGUUCACCGGAGAAUGUGAAUGGCGAAAGAUGACAUGGCAGAGGUAGAUUUGGCAUCAAACGGAGCGGAACCCCCCGGUGAGCCCCCCUCGGCGUUCCCCUACGAGGAGUACGAAUGCAAAAUCUGCUACAAUUACUUCGACCUUGACCGGCGGGCUCCUAAGAUCCUAGAGUGCCUGCACACGUUUUGCGAGGAGUGUCUGAACACGCUUCACCUCCGGGAGGAGCGGCCAUGGCGCAUCAGCUGCCCCGUCUGUCGCCACCGAACUCCGGUGCCGGAUUAUCGGAUACAAAACCUGCCCAACAACACCAAGGUGACGGAGGAUUUCCCGCUCUACAUCGACUCGGACCCCCUGCCUCAGGACGCUUUGCCGCCGUACCCUCCCCCGCUGCACCCAGCCCUCGUCGCCCUCCGCCGGGAGGAGGCGUCGGGGACGUCCAGCGUCAGCCAGGCGACCCCGUCCACCACCGUGUCCACGGCCACGACCCUCUCCCAGGACUCGGUGCGCUACGACAGCUGUCAGAGCUGCAAGAGAGUGGCGCUGACCACCGGCUGCGUCUGCGUGAUCUUCUCCUUUCUGUCCAUGCUGGUGUUGCUGUUCAUGGGCCUGAUCUUUGUGCACAGUCACAGCAUUCCUCCCUCGCCGGCGGGCCCCAUUUGCUUGUCGGUGGCCAGCAUCCUGGCCAUGUUCUCCGUGGUCGUCACGUGGCUCAUCUGCUGGCUCAAAUACAGACCGGACCAUGAGACGGGCCGCGCGUCCGCCACCAGUAACUCCCGGAGAAACGCCUGACGGGCCGCCGGCUCUGACUAUUGAUGGAGAUGUUGUGCUGUGGGUGUGUGAUUUAUGUACAUAGUACUGGCAACUGAUACUCCUGCUCCCUUUACUUUUUCUAGGAAGAAAUCUCGCCCAAAAUGGCCUUUUAUCAGUAUAGCAAACACCCAAAGGCCUUCGUGUUGUUUGGAGCAAUAGGCCAACAUGAUCCUUGAUAAUCUUUUCCUUGACCUUAUGCACUUGAAUUUGCAGCAGGCCCAGCUGACCGGGCAUCUUGAUAGGAGAGCUUAAGGCUAGGACCCCCUGUUCCUGGCCUUAGUUGUUUUUGGUUUGGAGGCUGAUUGUGAAGUGCUUAUUUCCAGGGUGUGAUACCCUCCCAACCUACCCUACUAAAUAAUAUGCAUAUCCCACAAUGCCACUCACUGUAUGAUAACUGUCCAUGAUGAUUCACUCAUAUGUCAACAAAGCACUGUUGUACUGUACAGAUAUUUGGCUAUGUUCACUCCUGAUAUUUUAGGUGAUGGGUUUCUUUUUAUUUUCAUGGAGGCUUACUGCGUGUUUAUGAGAGGAGCCUCUAAAAUGCCAUUCCGUUACAAGCAAAUUGUGUCCACAAUCCAAACUUGUAAAUAGUCCACAAGGGUUGAGGAGUGGUGAGGAUAGUGUGAUCAGCCUUUCCUGAAGACCUCCCUAAACCUCGUGCUUUAACUUCGUCUUACAAGGCGGCACCGUUCCCAUUGUCCCAACAAAAGCUGCACCUGUCCCAGGCAGAGUGGUAUGAAGAGACAGCUCGUCAUUUUAAACCUGUGUUUUGCUACUUUUCUGCAUGCUUGACUGCUGAAAGGUCAAGGCUUCCCCCCUGUUUUUAUACAUGUUUUUUUUUUUUUUUUGUAAUGGCAGAGACAAUGUUUUUCCUGACUCGUGUGCCUCACCUUGUUGCUGACUGAAACAAAACUUCGCUGUAACCACGAUCAAACUCCUUCACCCUCUCCAUACCGGUGGCAUCCUGAUGAGGUGCCAGCAGGGAGUCCUCCUCCUCCUGUCACGCCAUUUACACAGGGAAGUUGAAAACAGGGUUUCCAUGCAGUUAGCACUUUUUUAAAAAGAAAAAAGAAAAAAAGAAAGAAAGAAAAAAGAAACACUCAUUGAAAAAUGACAAAUUUUCACAUCUUUCAUUGCAGGAAAGAGAAGUGUGUCCAUACGUGCUCAAGAAGCCAUAAGUGAGAAUACAGUGAGACAUCUUCACAGACAUAGUGAACAGGUUAUAAAAGGAUGUAGUGUCACUCCGGUUCCUCUGAGAUCAUCGGGAGUCACACUUACCUCUUGAAAAGGAAGACAAAAAACAAAGCCUGAUAGAGUUUGCGGUAUUCUACCUGCACUAACACCAAUCAAACGCUAAGCUAUGCUAAACUAAAACUCAACCGUAUGGGCGUUGUUCCUCUGAUAAAGCAUGGACCUGCAAGAAAACACUGAAUUAACAUUUCAGUGGAAUCAGUUUCAGGCAAUUGAGUGUAACUAAAUAUUUGAAGCUCAAGUUCCUAGAGUGCGCAGACUUCUUCGUAUGAUUAUUACUGUGAACCAAGUCUGUGAAUGCUAUUGUUUCUACGAUCUAUACAGUUAUUUAUUUAUAAUUAUUAAAUAUGACAGAAAGUGGUCCCUUGUUUGUGGUGCAGACCCCUCGUACAGACUAAUAAAUGUGGUCCAGGGAGCAUGUAAGCUAGAACAGCUAUCGGACACCGAAGUGUUGUUGUUUUCUAAAUCUGAGCACUUUUUGUCCUUGCACACUUGUGGUAUCCCCUACCUCAUUGCAGGGAAGAAAAAAACAUUAAAAAAAACAUGGUUAUUAAACUAUACUCCCCUUAAAUCAGACGCUCAUGCUUGCCUCAAUCAACCCUCUCGACCUUUUUGCAGACUUCUAUAUGAUGCACUUUCACCCUCUUAUUUGACACAAGUAACGGGGUACAUCGUUUGACAAAAUGUUAGCCUACAUUGUAUUUAUUUCAGAGGACCUAGAAAAAUGUCGUGGGUUUUUAUGAGAAUAUGUGGUUGUUGUUAAAGUACCAAAAUGUAUUUGCACAGAGAAAUGUUCUUUUAUGUGCUGUUUUACAUACAUAAACACAUUUCAGUAAUAAAGGAAACAUGAACAUG